UUAUCUCUAGUUUUUAGUUUUCACUAGAACAGACCUAGAAAUGUUCCUUGUAUGGUUACUCCACUAUGCUGCUAUUAUCGUAGUUGACACCACAGCAAAACCCACUUGUUGAAUUGCAAUCCCCUUUCAAAAGGGUAUUCAGAUUUGGUUUCAAAUUUUCAUCUUUCAACUACGCAAACAUGUCUCUCCCCUCUUCCUCUCACCUUCUAUCUACUACUGCUUCUUCUCGUUUCCAACCCUUGAUCCUCAACAGCACCGUCUCUAUCGAACCUUCCUUUCUGGGUUUCAAGGGUACACCAUGUUUUGUUGAGAAGCACAAUUGCUGCUUAAGUGUUAAACCAUUUGGUAUAUCUCAGAAGAGAGUUACCACGAUCUCCUGUUCUAUGAAUAUGUCUGCACAACAGUCAGAUGAUCAUGGGAAAAUGAAGCUUGAGCAGUUAAUAGACAAAGCACGAAAGCUUUGGGACAGUUCUCCUGAGCCAGUGAAGAUUUUCCCCUGGAACAAAGCUCUGGACAACUUCAUUCAACUUAUUCUUGAUCUUAUUUUGGUUGUUGUCAAAUACCUAGCCGUGCCUGUAUUCGCAGUUACCUCACUGAGUGAAAUGUCCUACUGUGCACACGAAAGGAAGCUAUUUCUGGUUCCUAUUUCAGUUCUCUUUGGAGUUGCUGUUGCUGGGAUUCUUAAAGCCACUGCCCUUGAGUUAUCUCCACAUCUAAAGGAUGCAGAAGUUCCAUGGCAUUUAAUUGCUAUUGCAAUUUUGUUCACAUUAAUCAAAUUGCCAGGGCCAUAUUACCCUUACUGGGGACGUAUAAUCAUUCCUCAUUUUGCAAAUGGGGUUCUUUUGAGGACUCUAUGGUUUGCAAUAUUGUGGUAUAGAAGACCAAAAGCAGUGAAAAUGCCGGGUUCUAGUUAGUUAUCCUCGAGUUAUGGUACUAGCUCGCAGAGUUACUCAGUUUUUGAUACCAGAUUUUUGCUAGUGAAGUUGCCAGUGGUGUUAAGCAAUGCAUUUAGAUUUUUACUAAAUUUAGAUUUCACUUUGUUGAGAAAUAAUGUAAGUGCUGUAGUUAGUGACUAUAGUUUGUCUUGGGAUGACAGAUAUGCAUAUUAAUAGUUGUAGCUGAUACAUAUCAAGAAAUAGAUGGCAAUGGUGACUUCACUUUUGGUAAAAGAAAAGAAA